UGUGGCGAUGUUUCAGGUCAACGUUCAAACUAAACCCGAUCGGGUCUAAAAAAAAAAGGAAAGAGAGUAACACUAAAACGUUUGAAUGACUCUUCUCUUCAUGACUCUCCUCUUCAUGACCCUCCUCUUCAUGACUUUUCUCCGCAGACGAAAGAGGAGGAACUUCAACAAGCAGGCGACGGAGAUCCUGAACGAGUACUUCUACUCCCACCUUAGUAACCCCUACCCUAGCGAGGAGGCCAAGGAGGAGCUGGCCAAGAAGUGUGCAAUCACAGUCUCACAGGUAUCUAACUGGUUCGGGAACAAGAGAAUUCGAUACAAGAAAAACAUCGGCAAGUUCCAAGAGGAGGCCAACAUGUAUGCAGCGAAGACCGCCGUCAGUGCGACUAACGUGUCGAGCCAGGCAAACUCCCCCUCCACCCCCAACUCAGCAGGUUCUGCCGGCUCUUUUAACAUGUCAAACUCCGGAGACUUGUUCAUGAGUGUGCAGGCCCUCAAUGGGGACUCUUACCAAGGGGGGCAGGUGGGGGCCAACAUACAAUCCCAGGUGGAUACUCUUCGCCAUGUUAUCAGCCAGACCGGAGGAUACAGUGACAGUCUGGCAGCCAGCCAGAUGUACAGUCCACAGGGCAUCAACGCGAACGGUGGCUGGCAAGAUGCGCCCACCCCCUCGUCAGUGACAUCACCCACAGAAGGCCCCGGAAGCGUUCAUUCGGACACCUCCAACUGAAUGGUUCAAUCUCCACACCUGCAAAAAUCGAACUGGCCUUGCUCUUCACAGUAUUAAAGAUAAAGGAAUUCACCGGUCCAAGGUUUUUGGGAAGAGCGGGAAAUCCUAUCUCUGGAAAGGAAUUAAAAAAACAAACUUUCUUCUGCUAUGAUGUUGGACAUUCGGGAACUCGACACAAAACUAAAAGAAUAUCACGAUGAAAAUGAAAACGGUUGCGUAUUGAAUGGAGUUGUUUGUACAGAUUACACAUUAUAUUCAGAGGGCUGGGUUUACUUAUUCACAUGUGAUGUUUUCACUCAUGACGAUGAAAUGACGUGAUACCAUUAAUUAAUCAACCCAUUUGGUUUUGACUGAAACUACAUCAUUCUACCUCUCAGCCACAAAAAAAGUACUAAAAAUGUCAGUGACCCAUUAUUUGUUUUGUAAAAAAAAUGAGUUUUUGUCUUUGCAAGCAAGAGGCACAUCUUCUUACGUACAUUUUGUUGUCUCUCACCUAUUCUAUGGUACGCCAUUUAGACUUAAAUAUUGAUUAGUUGUUUACAAUGUGUUCUUGAUAAUGCUCAUCUUCCCAUCUGUCUCCGACCAGUCCGAGCCGAUUGCUGUCGGGAGAUAUUACCUCUAAGGUAACCCUGUGACGUAUGUUAUCUGUAAACAAUAAGAAAAAUAAAUACUUGUCAUGAACUCAGAGAAGCUGGAUUGGCCUGAUCAUUCAUUCAGCGGAGCGUUAAGGCAGCGUUAAGUCAGGUGGUUUCCAUAAAGGAAAGUCUUUGUUGCCAAAGUAGGGCAUUGGAGCAAUUCAAUUAACCUGCUUCAAAGGUUGUCUCUUGAAUGUGCUCAAAUUAAACACAGUAAUUGUGAUUCUAGAUUACAUUUUUCAGAACAGCCAAAUUACCAUUUUUCAAUUUAAACGACAUUCUAAUGUAACAUCUUUACCAAUAUAUGUAUUUCUCUCGGCACCAGUACAAUACCGUGUGCUUACAAUCAGCUGUGAGAAAUACACAUGCACAGAAACGUUAAAAAUAUCAAAUCGAUAAAUAAGUGGGAAAAUACAAGGAUCUAUGCUUUUUUCCCGUUCCUAUUUUGUAGUAUAUUAUAUUCUUUGUUUCUUUUGUUGUUGUCGUACAUUAAAUUAGCCUCUAAUUUAUUCGGACCAAUUCAAACAUCACCUUGACAUGGAUGUUGUACAUUAGUCAAUACUUACUGUACUACAGGAAACAAAUGGCCUGAAUCUACACUGUAAAACAAAUCUAGAAUGACACCGUCACAUGUCUUUGGAAGCCCAUUCUGAUGAAGAGACGGAGCGAAGCUGAGCAGAUGUUGCCACAAAUAUACGUUUUCUUCUUUUUAAGGAAUCUGGGGGAACCUUGACAAAUGGUACCAUGGUUAAAUUACGCUCAUUCAGAUUUUCAAAUAUAUGGUUUUCAAUAUAAAAAAGGAGGACACAUCUGAUCGUGUCAGACAGUGUUUCACCGGACCCCGUCCUGUUUGUAUACACCAUGUUUUGUGGGUUCCUAUUUUGUGUCCUAAAAGCUGAACACCUCCCAUUACAUUUUGUGUUGCUCUCCACAUGAAACUUGCUCAACGUGCAGCAUUGUGCUUGAAUAAUGUUCUUAUUUGUUGUUCGACCAAUUAAAAUGCUAUCUUGUGCAGCGGGGAUAUUCAU